AAUGAAGAUAAACCCAUGGAAACGCAAUUAGGCCUUACACCAACAAUUGCUUACUCAGAUGUGACAGACAACAAUUCGCGAUAUAGCAUCGGCGAAAGAAGUGUUAAAGAUUUUAUUAAUAGACUUAGACUAUUUCGAAGCAUUUCUAAUCAUCAUAACAUCAUUCCAUUUUGCGAA